AUGGCUCUGGGGAUGAUGUGCGGGGUGGACCUGCUGGCCGGCACCGGUCAGUGCGUGUGGACGGUGGCCGAGCAGCUGCUGAGGAGGUGCUACGCCCGGGGCCUGGAGCCGUGCAGGAGGUUCCUGCAGACAUGGUGCCGCCUCGACGUCUACCAGAUGACUGAGGGACGGCUCGGCCAGGUGCGUCUUUUGGAUGACAGACAGCUGGAACUCUUGGUCCAGCCUAAGCUGUUGUCCCGUGACCUCUUGGAUUUGGUUGCCUCCCAUUUCAACCUCAAAGAGAAGGAAUACUUUGGGAUAUCCUUCACUGAUGAGACGGGUCAAAGUAAUUGGCUUCAGUUGGACCGGAGAGUACUGGAGCAUAAUUUCUCCAAGAAGACUGGCCCUUUGGAGCUAAAGUUCCUUGUGAGGUUUUACAUUGAGAGUAUAACAUUUCUGAAGGACACAACAACAGUGGAACUGUUUUUCCUGAAUGCCAAGUCUUGUGUCUUCAAUGGACUUUUUGAAGUGGAGAGUGACCAUGUAUUCAAAUUAGCGGCAUAUGCGCUGCAGGAAGCAAAUGGGGACUACAUAAGCGAUGAACGCACACGAGAGGACCUGAAGAAACUUCCCACCCUACCGACCAAAGUGUUGACGGAACACCCUUCUCUGGCAUACUGCGAGGACAGAGUUAUCGAGCACUACAAGAAGCUGAAAGGGCUCACCCGUGGACAAGCCAUCGUAAAGUACUUGGCUUUGGUGCAGUCCUUCCCAAACUAUGGAGUGCAUUAUUAUGAAGUGAAGGACAAGCAAGGCAUCCCCUGGUGGCUGGGAGUGAGCUAUAAAGGCGUCGGCCAGUACGACCAGCAGGACAAGUUGAAACCACGAAAGUUGUUCCAGUGGAAGCAGCUGGAGAACCUGUACUUCCGUGAGAAGAAGUUUGCCGUCGAGGUCAACGACCCCCACAGGAGGGUUGUGUCCAAACGCACAUUCGGACAGAGCGGACUUGUCAUACACUCGUGGUAUGCCAGUCACACUCUAAUAAAGACCAUCUGGGUGAUGGCCAUCAGUCAACACCAGUUCUAUCUGGACAGGAAACAGAGCAAAGCCAAAUUGACUACAGGCAGAAGCCUUGGGGAUAUUGCCAUGGAUCUGACUGAGAUCGGAGCACCCAGGCUCAGUAAGCUGGUCAGCAUGGAGACCAAAGACCAGCUCAUCAUGGCCAGCAAUGGAAGUCUGAUCUCAACAGGUUCUGCAGACUCAAACGAAGAGAAGAAACAAGAAAAGAUCGCUGACCUUAAGAAGAAAGAGAAGGGUCUUCAGGACACCCUCUCUCAAAAACUGGACGAGCUCAAGAAGAUCUGCCUCCGAGAAGCCGAGCUGACAGGCCGGCUGCCGAAAGAAUAUCCACUGCAGUCAGGAGAAAAAGCUCCCACCAUCAGAAAACGAGUCGGGACUGCUUUCAAACUGGAUGAUCUCUUUCCUUAUGAUAAGGACCCUAACCUCAGAAACCUGGAGAGCCGGUUCGCGCUGCAGCAGAAGAUCGUGGAGGCGGCGAUGAAGCUGGCCAACGAAGGGGACCUGUGCAAAACGGUCAAGAAGAAGAGGAGGAGAAACUGCCUGGACUCCAUGAGGAAGCUGCAGGAGAUCGAGGACGAGAUCAACGCCUACAGAAUAAAGACGGGCAAGACGCCCACUCAGAGGGCCUCGGUCAUCAUCGAUGAGGCCAACCCCUCUGACCUGAGUUCGCUCUCAGACAGCUUAACCCUGGAAGAUGAUGAUUCGCUGAUUGGCCAGAGGCAGCGCUCUCGCUCGGUGCAGUACGUAGACCGGCCCUCGGAAGGUCUGGGCGUCCACUACUACGGCGACAGACGGGCCUCCACCAAUGACCAGCUGCAGGAUGUCAACUUAACCCGAUUAGCGUACGGCGAGGACGAGUUCCACCACGCCCACAGGGACGUUGUUGUGUCUGGACACAGCAGCCCCUACAGGCCCGGCGCGCGGCCGGCCCGCGACACCCGCAGCAUGCCGCCCACGCCCGUGCUGCCCCGCAAUGCCUUUAGCAGCACCCAGCUUAGCUACGAGGACGGCCCUCGGCACUUCCGGCAGCGCAGCGGCAGCCUGGAGUCCCAGCAGGCCUUCCUGACGGAGGGCGAGGCGCGCGAGGCGCCCUACAUGCUGGCCGUGCCGCGGCGCAGCACCAGCACCGAGAUCCUGGACGACGGCUCGUCCUACACCAGCCAGUCCAGCGUGGAGUACGGCUCCGCCGUCCAGGGCUACCACGGCGGCGGCGGCGGCGGCACCAACCACAUGCCGCGCGCCCGCCGGCUCCACCAGCGCCGCGGCGGCGCCAACGUCUACGCCAACACGGGCAGCAUGCCCAACCUGGCGCAGCACGACGCCUACCGGCCGCCCUCGCGCGCCACCUCCACCACCGCCUACUACGUCACGGGCUACCCGUGCCACAACGAGCCGGAGCCCUACGCCAACGGGGCCUACGCCUACGAGAACGAGUCGGAGGGCCACUACAGCGUCAACAACUCGGCGCCGUACUACUACCCGGCCCAGCAGCAGCAGCAGCACCACCACCACGCCCACCCCCACCACCAGGCGCCGAGCGCCUACUACGGCCACGAGGGCUACCGCAGCGGCUACGGGCACGACGAGCUGGACAGCCUGUCGCAGCACAACGUCUACGCCACGCUGCGGCCGCCGCGGAACAGCCGGCCGCCCUCGCGCAACGAGCACCCGCCCAAGAACCUCCAGAAGGCCCUGGUGGCCGAGCACCUGCGCGGCUGGUACAACCGCAACACCACCACCACGGGCCAGAAGCCGCCGGCCGGCGCCUACGACUACGACCGGGGCUCCCAGCACAGCCUGGGCUACCAGACCAUGUCGUCCACCUACGGCCACGUCCCCCGCAACGCGUCCUACUCCUCAGUCUCCUCCGCUACCAGCGCCGGUAACUGGCGCGGCCAUCACGUGUCGGCGGCGGCCCUGGACCACUACGAGCAGCCGGCGGUCCACCUGGCCCCGCAGCAGUCCUACGGCAGCGCCUACAGCGCGGCCCACUACGUCCAGCCGGCCCACAGCAGGUCCUACACUGAUCUGAACCAAAUGGACGAACACACAGGCAGCCAAAUGAACAGCAGUUUCGACCCGGAGGAUCACACGCUGUACUGGCACGAGGACUCGAAACCUGGAACAAUAGUGUAGGGGAGCUCACCAGGCACUUCAACUGCAAGACCUACUCACGGAAUUUUUCCACGUGCCUUCAGAAUGAACUGUCUUUCUACGGGCAAAGGGCUCCCAAAGAUUCAAAAAGCAACAACCUUAAAGGAAUGUAACCAGACAAGAGCCUGAAGCUAUGAAGCUAUGUGCGAUCAACUAGUUUUUUUCUUUUUGCGAGAUGCAGGCCCAACAAGGAAAAAUGAGUCAAGCUGAACUUGCCAUGGUGCGAUGUGUGUUUGUGUGUGAGUGUGUUCCAGGUUGAACUGUCCAUUUUCUUAAAGGUGGUGUUUGCGUGAUGAAUGAUGGCACUUGCAUACUGUGUGCGUGCGUGUGUUUGUGUGUGCGCGUGUGUUUGUGUGCGUGUGUGUGUGUGUGUGUGUGUGUGUGUGUGUGUGUGUGUGUGGACUUUUUUGCACUUGCACAAGACUGCUGUGACCCCUGGGCUCUCUGUCUGUGGGAUGUUAUUAGCAGGAUGAUGACUUACAGCCUUCCUACACAGAAAGCCCUAGAGCAGUCCACAUUAAGUUAGGGAAGGAUUUCUAAAGUCAUCGUACCAGUUAAUGUCAUACAUGAAGGAUUUAACGCUACUGGACUUUAGCUUUCCAAGUGGAGCUGCUGCCCUGUCUUUGCAGUCUUCUCCAUCUGAAGAACAGAAUGGAUCAGAUGGUACAAGAUUGUGCGCUUAUACCCUGGAUGUCCCGAGCUACUGAACACAUAGAUCAUCUCAUUCCUUUCUGUUUUGGAGGAAAUAACUCGCUUGGCGCCUGAGCACACGGCCUCAUGCAACUACAUGAGCACAACGUUCACAGUGGCGCUCAGUCUUGCCCAGUCAACUGCCGGACAGAGACCACUCUCUAUACUGGAAUUACUAAGGACCCUUUUAGAAUCGGCAUCAGCCGACUAUUGACAUUGGUAUUCAUACUCCUAUUUUUCAGUGUUUUGUAAAAACUAAGAGUUGCCAAAUCCCACAGAGUCCAACCUUUAAGUAUGAAUCAAGGAGCCGGUUUGCAUGGGUGACUUAACCAUCCUCUUAUUUAGUACCAUCUGGACGAUCACAUUUUCUUGUGAUGGUGAUAUGACCUAUAGUACUGCAGAAUCUCAAACGCUCUGAGAACGCCUACUGCAUCCCAUGCUGGAAUCCAUGGUGUCGUGCUCUUCUCCCUCCUGCCUACUAGGAGAACUAUGUAUGUAUAUGUUGAUAGUGUAAAAAGAAUUUACUACUUUUUUGUCUAUCUUUUUAGAGGUUUUUUUUAUGUUUUAAGAAGCAUGUAAUAUAUAGUUAUCAAAUUUGUUAAGCUGGUUCUUAGUAAUUUGUAUCAUUUGAGACGUAUUUGAAUUAAAAAAACAAAACUUACUAAGAAAAUG